AUGAGUCUGUCGUUAAAGACGCCCGAUUUUAGCAAGGGAAGAGGAUCUAAGGGCAAACGGCGCGAACUUGGCGAAGAGCAAAAGCAAGAAAUCAAAGAAGCAUUUGACUUGUUCGAUACAGAUAAAGACAGAGCAAUAGACUAUCAUGAACUUAAGGUAACGUUCCUUUUUAUUUUAUGCGUUUGCAUUUGUCUUCUCUGCUGUGAUGAUGUCUUUAGUGAACGUUAGGGGUAACGUAGGGGCAAGAUCGAGGCUAGCAUUGUAGGUUGGCGCGUAAGGGAUUUUGGAAAUUGCUGUCCUUUGUUCGCUAAUGAUUGUGUGACCUGCCUUUGAGUUCGACUUUUCACUAAUUGACCUUUUACCAAGUAAUUAUUCUUUGGGCCUUGAAAAAAACACAAAGGGAUGAAAUUAAACCAUUCUUCAAGGGCACAAUGGCUGGGUAACAUAAAAUGAAAACGUACGUUUUGCGGUCUGUCUUUUCUCAUCUUGUGACAAGACGGCAUUGUGCGUUUAUAAAUAUUUUUUUAAAAUUGGGGUUUUAUAAGAUUCGUGCGCUCCUUUUUUUGUUGCCCCUUUUGUCUUUUUCAUAACUUAAUGUCUUGGAAAGAAAGAUAUUCUUGGCUUCCAUCGGGCUAGCUGAUCGAAGUUUCAGAAAUAUUUGCAUACUUCUCUCGGUAUCAAAUUUCCUGUUCUUUGUGAUAAAUAGUUGAAGAAAUUAGCAUGUUAACUUACAUUAAUUGAACUAGGCGAAGAUCAUCUGAAGCCACCCUUUUUCGUGUUUAGUGUAUUUGAUACUUAUAAUGUAGUAUUCUUAGAAGUCUCUAGUUCAGAAUGUUGAGCUUGCUUUCAAUAAUUGCCAACUAUCUGUAAUAGAAAAUCUGACUUGGUUUAAUACAACUGAACUUGUACAUGUACAUGUACUUGUCUAAUCUGGAGAUAGCAGAGAUUUAAUUUUGCACCACAUUUCCAUGAUGGAUUGUUUUUGUGAGUCAUAUUCUCUUUGGUUUGAGAGAUUGUUCAACAAAAGUACAGUAAACUCGUAAGUGAUUAUUAUUCCUUUUUUUAAUCAUACUUUAUUCAACUUGUCAGGAAUGUAAUUCAUAGUCAUGACAACUUAAGUGCCUUGUCAAUUAUAAGUUUAUGCCAUUAGUGUGUCGUUGAUUACUUGUGCAGCCGUACCACUGAAAUUAUGUCUUCCUCAAUUACUUUUACUUUACUCUUUUGUAUAUAUGUUACAGAUCAACUUAGGUUAAAUCAAAAUUAACCUAAGGUCAAAUUUGACCUGUAACAUAUGUAUUAUUGCGUAGUCUAAAAUAAAUGUUUCCUGCUACUUGCUAACAGAUUUACUUGUUUUUUUAGAAUGUAAUACGUGAGUUUGAACAAUCUCAAGUAACUCUCUCAAGUUUGACCUUUUUCUGUUGCAUGGGUAAAUUAAUUAUUAUAGGAAUUUUUUUUUUUGGAAAUACCUUACAUUUGAAGAUAUCAAGGAAUCACAUAUAAUAUAUCUUGCCAUCAUCAAAUAGUUUAUUGUGUCUUGUGAAUGUGUUAUCCUGGUCAAAGUCUUUCAAGGAUCAUUUAAGCUUGAAGAUCUGCAUUACAAUCCUAGUGCAUAUCUUUGGGGAUUUCUAUAAAAAAUCUCAAAGAUCUUCAAAAUUCUUACCAAGUACAUCAAGGUUCUCACAAAGAUCUUGGAGGAUAUUUGAAGGUCUUUACAUUGUUUCUUGAAGAUCUUUGUGGGAAUCGUAAAGAUCUUUGUAAAAUCCUCAAAUAUGUUCUUGAUCUUGUGUGCAGUAAGUGUGACCUAAAUAGGAGCAAUUUAUUAAUGUACAUGUACUGUAUGAGACCUGCUGAGAUUUUGAUUUCUUAUUAUACCAGGUAAUGCUGCAGUAAAUUUACAGCUGCAUAUUAACAUUUGUUAUCUUUAUUAAUUUAUAUGUUGUAGGUGGCAAUGAGGGCUCUUGGGUUUGAUGUGAAGAAAGCAGAUGUUUUAAAAAUCAUGAAGGAUUAUGACAGGGAGGCAUCAGGGAAAAUCACAUUUGAUGACUUCAAUGAAGUCAGUAAGUACAAGAAAUUAAAAAUAUUAAUGUCAUUUGUGGCAAAGUAAGCCUCCAGCCAGAAAAAGUUAUGUUGACUCAAGGCUGCUGCCUAAGAAAUUUUUUUGGGAGCCCUUCAAAGUUAGGAGCCCGUGCCACAUUUUUAGGAGCCCAAUUAAAAAAAAUCAGUAACUUUUAUUAAACAUGUCAAACUUCUGGCACACGAUAACUGGUGCACUAAUUGGUUGAUCGAUUUAUCAUUUAUCCAACUCUAGGGUACAAAUAGUAGCAUUAUAGUAAAAGGUCAAUUCAAGGGCCAGUCUCCUUUUUUUGAUCUAGAGGUUUCUCACUUCGUGGUAUUUCAAGAAGAGAACCCUGUAUCUGAACUUAGUUUUAAUUAGUUCACCAGAAUGACUCUACUGAUAGUGUCUGUAUCUUAAGUUGACUGUCUCGACCAGAUCCUUGAAACUUGAUUCAUGCUUCUCGGAACCUAAGUCUCCCUUUUGACCUGUCACACAAUGCUAAGGAGCAUUACGUGACUAGCCUGUACACAGAUGUUUUUGUACUUUUCUUUUCUGCCACCCCUACCCCCUUGCAUUGGUGGUCAGUAAAUCCCCCACAGGUUUUUGUUUUUUAUCACGCGUGCUUGAUGGACUCUUAAGAGAAAAUAGAGGGUCUGUGAACAGGCUAUUGCAUGAUGAGACAAAACUAGAAGAAUACUUAGAGUCGAACGAAUCAAGUUUUGAAAUGCGAAAACCUUGAGUUUUGAGAAACCAGCAAUUUUAUAUUCACCAAGUUCGAAAGAAUUUCGAGAAACAAUUUACACGGUAUCUCUCGAAAAACAUAACAAUAAUCAUUUGCACAUACAGCGAACGCACCAACCAAAAGUACUUGUGUGUACAAUUUAAGCUAAGUUAAGUUCAAGUUUUUAGGCGAUAAAAAGGACCAAUGGAAGGUUUUUUAUCUUGAAGUUCGGAAAAUUGACCCAGUAUUUUUGUAUCAAGUCCAUCUUUUGAACUAACUGUUUUUAUAUUUGUGAAGGUUUGUAUUUAUGUGCAUUGCGUGCGACAGCAUAAAUCAUUUUAAAAAAAUGGAAUGUUUUUGCAGCAAGAUAGAAAAUGUUACAAACUUGCAAAAGUAUUGUAAAACUUGCAUGCCAUAUGUCACAUGUAAUUUGAAACCUCUUGCUUUUCUACGGAUCAUGACUUUUUAUCAGUUUUUACUUCAUGCAAUAGCAACCUAACAUUUCUAAUGCCGCUGAAAAGUCAUGAUUUUAUUAUGGAAGGUUUUUCAAAGACUAUAAAUUCAUUCGAAGCCAUUUUCAGACGAGAAACUUCAACUGCACUGCAGCGGUAGUCCGAUGACCAAAUGUUUUCCGUUUUCAUUUCAAUAGUGCAGAAUGAGUAGGGAGUUUUGUUGUUUGUUCACCAAAAUUUAUCCUGAGAAUUAUAAGUUUGAGGUGCCCUUUUCGGGCUUCCUGUUUGAAAUUUUGGUCGCCCGAGGGUAAAUCGUAGGUACCUCUGUCGAUCGGGUUCCCGUUAGACAGCAGCCUUGACUACUUCACAGUCUCUUCAUUAUUGAAAUAAACUUCUGGGCUGAGCCGUACAAAAUUGGGUUUAGAUCACCCAGGGUUAGUGAGAAAUUUGAGGUUCAGAAUGAGGGUGAUGUGAAAACUUAGAAAGCAAAUUCAGUUUACUUCUUUUUGUCCUCAAUUUGUUCGUUGGAUGCUGUACAAAGAAUUAUAGAAAGUUAUUCGAGAAAAGGCAUUUGAAUAGCCAGGGACCAAGCUCUGUAGUAGGGGAAAAAAUAGGGUGAAGCAAAUUGCCUACAAUACUUGAUUGCCAACGGGGUUUUCAACUGUUUUGUAAAGUAGCGGACAUACUUCUGAAAGCACCAGACGUGAAUUUUUUCUUGGGGCCGUAAGGCGCGUCGCGAGCGCCGAAGGCGCAAGCACCUAGAGGGGUCUGGGGGCAUGCUCCCCCAGGAAAUUUUUAAAAUAGAAUACUCAGAAACGCCAUUUCCAGCGUUUCUGGAACCAAGGAAACAGUUUCCUAGGCAAUGCUGGCGCUCACUAAAAUUCUCUUUAAAAAGUAAAUUACUGAAUGAAAAUGGUCAGUUGGUAGGGGGAGGGGGAGGGAGAAUGGCAACAACAGAAUUUUGUUUUACCUGGGGAUUUCCCUCAAGACUUGGCCGAGCAGGAAUGAGAACGAAAUAGUCACUUCAAUUCCGUUUAAAUGAAGAGGGGAAACCAAUAAAAUAUCCCGCCGCUCAAUAAGCAAAGAAAAAAGAGUUAUAUGGCCGUUUUGAAGAAUGUAAUUGAUUAUUCUGUUAUCCUCUAGUCAGUAUGUUCAUGAGAUGCAUUAGUGAGAAAAAUAUAUAAUACAGUAGUAAAAAAAAAUCGCCAAUAUUGAUCUCAAAGUACCGGACGUGGAAUGGCAAACGACCGGACGAAACGUCCGGCCUCCGGCCUCAAAUGAAAACCCUGUGCCAAGCUGCCUACUUUUACAUCCUAGCUGUCUACUUUAAAACUUAAUGAGAGCUCUGAAGUUUAAUCCUGGAUUAGCAAUAAUCAGCCUUCAAACAACUGGCCCUUGUGACUUGACUGUAAAUGAUCAGGAGGGACAAGGAAGAAAUUUGCAAAAGGCGGCUUAGAUGUGAAACAUUAUUUUUGUAAUUUUAUAGCUUUUAUUAAUUGUUUCACACUUAAAGGGCGAAUACAACACAAAAACACUGCAAAAAAUUAACAUUUGAAAUUACUUUAAAAAUACUACAAAACACUAUCCAAACAAAUUUCAUUGUACGCUAUUAGUGUAUGCUUAGAUGUGAAACAUGCUUAGAAUGUAAUUACACCAUGAAUCUCAGGAACUUGAUCCUUGUAACCUGCAGAUUAUGAGCCACUAUUAAAACUGCUGGCCAGUAUUGCUUCCAGCUAACUUCGCCUAAAUUACGUUUAAGCCACAAUUUUUUUUAUUGAAUUCAAUUUUUUUUCAGAAUGAUGUCAUUUCAGUGCCAAGAAAGUACAUGUAGAAUGCAUACUGAAAGUACAUGUAGAAUACAUACUGAUGCGAGAAUUUUGAACCAGUCUCGCAACCUUACAUCCUUAAUUAACUGUUCCACAAACUACAUGCAACACCAUAAUUCACGAAAAAGGUUUUCUACUCAUUAUGUUUUAGUGACAGACUGGAUGUUAGACAGAGAUCCUCAAGAGGAAGUAUUUAAAGCAUUCAGACUAUUUGAUGAUGAUGACAGUGGCAAGAUUAGUCUCAGAAAUCUAAGACGAGUAGCUAGAGAGCUGGGUGAAAACAUGACAGACGAAGAGUUGCGUGCCAUGAUUGAUGAGUUUGAUAAAGAUGGAGAUGGUGAAAGUGAGUCUUUUAAAAUUUGUAGAUUUUUUUGCUUAAAUAUUAUAUAGGCAGGAAAAUUAUUUAGAAAAACAACCUGUAUUGCUACACAGUAAUACCGUUGUGAUUUUUAAUACUAGUUUCUCCUUUGACAGUACAGUUGUGACUAAAGAAAACUUACACUUGAAAAACAAUUCAAUACUGACAACAAUGAGUGUGUCGAACGAGAAUGAAAGUUAAUCUAUGAAUUUGUUAAAUGCGCAAUGACUUACAUGUAACUGGAAUACGACUUAAAAAACUUUCUUACCUGGAAAAAAAGGCUCUUAAUCCGCACUGUUUUUGUUUUGAUUGACGUUAAAACUGAACGUUCGACACGAUCGUGCAUUGCACAAAAAGUACUUUUUUCGUUUGUAACAUAUAUUUGCAUGUGUCAGCGUGUUUAUUACAAAACAGAAGAGUCUGGGAUGGAGUAAAACAUCGAAACGAAAAAGAACUCGUAGAAUCCAUUGGGAGAAAAGACCGAUUAAACAUACACCGUCUUUCUAGUUCGAGUUCGUAAGUAUAGUAGGAAGUAAGUCAGUCGCACUGUGCUUUGGGUUUUACGGCGCACAGGUGCAAGUACAUAUGAAUUUUUAGGCACACAAACAAAAAUCCAGUCGCAUAUGCGACCAGUUAGUCGCUAACUUUGAGCCCUGAGUAUGGAAGAAUAGUUUCUGUAUCCAUGGCAUGCUUGAAGAAUUCCUUUUUGUGUCUUUUCUCUUCUUUUAAUUUUUGUCUUAUUGCCCUCGCUCUUGACAAAUGCCGUAAACUUCUUAUGAACAACUAGACCAUUCUCUGAUUCAUUUAGAGGAAAACCUAGUAAGAUACUGCUCUGCCCUGCAAACAGCUAGACCUUCAAGUGGCUCGGAUGACCACAUAAAAUGGAAGUCCCUUCUCCAGUAGAAGAUGUAAAAAUAGUGUCCUCAAUUUUGUACUUUCAUGCUCAAAUAAAGUGCAUUUUAUGUACAUGUAUUAUUAUUAUUAUUAUUGUUAUUGUUAUGAUCAUCAUCAUCAUUAACAACCCUCCCCUGAGUAAGUUCCCAUUAGCAGAGAAAUGCCUUCACCCCGCCUCAGACUCCCAGCAUGCAUAGAAAGUUGUGUCUGAUAGCCCUGUGCUAGUGGAAUUAAUUUUACAAUCAGGCUAGUAAAUUCUGAAGGAGUGAGGAGAGACAGGCUAUUCACAAGCUACACUUGCCCAACAAGCAAGUGCUUUGACUGGGAAAAGUUUGUUUUUUGGAUGGGUGGUUGCUAAUGGGAGGUGGUCAGUCAAGAGAGAUAAUUGCACAUGCACUGUAGCCUGUUCCAGGUGUUCAGGUAGCCCCCCAACCCCACCCUCUUGCGGUUUUUUUCUGCUCACAUCUUUUUGUGUUAAGCCCACAAUCUGAACGCUUGGAACAGGCUAAGUUACACAUGGAGGGUUGAGUGUAUGUACAUUGGAACUGCUACCGGUAGGUCAAGUAACCAUUGCCUGCUAAGUAGUAUAAUAUCAUGUUGCCCUGUUACAGAGAACCAUACUGGCUAAAAAAAGAAAAAAAUAUUGUGCACGGAGGCAUUCCUCUACUCUUUCAACAAACGCUUUUGCCAUUACCUGGGACUGAAGUGUUAUGAACUCCUCUAAUUUUGCUACUCAUCAUUCAAAUUACUUUCAUAUGUUUAUUCAUUAUUCAUUCCUUUGUUUAUUUAUUAUUUUCUCCUGUAGUUAAUGAAGAGGAGUUCCUGGCUAUAAUGACUGGUGAUACAUGAAGAAAUGUAUACUAAGAAAGCUAGUACAUUUUGUUCACACAUCUUAGGACAUAUAUUUUUUUGUAAAAAGAAAAAGACAAAAAUAUGCAAACAAAUGCUGUACAUUAGAUUUUUUUGUGGUUGUACCUAUUUUAUAAAGCCAGGGCAGAUGAUGUUUGACAUGGGUUUUUUAAGGACUACUGAAUAAAUGGUUAAUAAUUCAGGCCAAUGUAAGCACAGCCUUUCAAUGAUUAAAUUAUUUGAUUU